CUUUCAGUAUAAAACGCGGGGCGGGUCAAGGAUUUGGCAUCAGUCGGCUCGCACCCGUCGAUCGUCCCGCAAGCUCCCGCCAACACACGAGGCACCAUGAAGGUCUUGGCACUAGUCCUUUUUGGCGUAGCCCUUGCCCUGGCGGCAGAGCGUCCACGGUACACACGCAACAAGCGCGGCAACCUCCUCGGCCUGCACCACGACGCCGGCUACGGCGGCCACGGCAGCCACGGCGGCUCCUACGACACCCUCAGCUUCAGCGGCCCCGUCAACAACGCCGUCAGCCUGAGCGACUCGCACUCGCACCACAGCUACGCCCCGGCGUUCUCCGCCCCCGCCCUCCCCGCCCCCGUUCUCCCCGCCCCUGCUCUCCCCGCCCCCAGCUACACCGAGGCCCACAGUCACCACAGUCACCACGACCACCACGACCAUUCGCACAGCUUCUCUUCCGGAGCUAGCUUCUCCUCGGGGCCCAGCUACUCUUCAGGGCCCAGCUUCUCCUCCGGGCCUAGCUUCUCAGCAGGGCCUAGCUACUCCUCCGGACCUAGCUUCUCUGGUAGCCACGGUUUCUCCUCUGGCCCUAGCUUCUCCUCUGGCCCCAGCUUCUCCUCUGGACCAAGCUUCUCCUCUGGACCAAGCUACUCGUCUGGCCCCAGCUUCUCAUCUGGCCCUAGCUUCUCUGCGCCCGCCCCCUCUUUCUCUGCGCCCGCCCCGUCCUUCCCCGCCCCCGGCCCAUCUUUCGGACCGGCCUCCUUCCCUGCACCAGCACCGGCACUCCCCGCGCCCGUCGUCACCGAGACCGUGUCCUCAGCCCAGGUCCCCGCUAACAUCCCCGCGGCCGGCACCGUCAUCUCCAAGAGCGAAGCCGUCGUCAACGCGGUGACCAUCCACAAGGACGUCAAGAUCGGCGUGUCCCAGCCCGUGCCCGUGCCUGUCGAGAAGAAGGUCCCGUACCCAGUCCAGGUGCCUUACAAGGUCCCUGUUGACCGUCCUUACCCUGUGCACGUCGACAAGCCUUACCCCGUGCACGUUCCCCGCGACGUGCCCGUGCCCGUCGUGAAGGAGGUGCCUUACCCGGUCCAAGUCGAGGAGAAGGUCCCUGUGUACGUGCACGUCCACGUCCCGCGCUACCGCCCCGUGCCCGUCCCUCACUACGUGCCCAAGCCCGUCCCCGUCCCCGCCCCCUACCCCGUCACCGUCCUUGUCAAGGAGCACAUUCACCAGAAGGGAGGCUGGUGGUAAACAAGAUCCAAUUCUAGGUUCUUCGCCAAUUUGUUAGUCUCACCUAGCUCAUAUUUGUCACCCUCUUCACCCACCCCAUUUACUCUUGAACUGUGAUUGUCAUCUUAGGUUUUCAUCCCUUUUUAUUUUAGUCUAGUCAGCUGUGGAGCUCCCUGUUAUCUAGUCGAGGUUGUUGUCGCGCUUACACAAAAAGUGCCAUCCAGUAACAAGCUGGAUUUAAAUAAAUACUUGUUGAAUAUAACUGUUGAAACGAAAUGUUAAAUAAACAAUGCUGAAAACAUA